CAGAUGAAUCAUGAAGAAAAACUACCAGAAGAUAAUGUAACUGCAUUGAUGGAAUUUGUUCUCUUGGGUUUUGCUGACUUGCCCCAUCUACAGUGGUUUCUUUUUGCAUUGUUUUUAACCAUCUACAUUAUUAUCCUGAUGAGCAAUGGCACCAUCUUUCUAAUAACCAAACUGGAUCCUGCUCUCCAGAGUCCAAUGUAUUUUUUCCUGGGAAAUUUUUCCUUCUUAGAAACCUGCUACGUCUCCGUAACUCUGCCCAGAAUGCUGAUGAAUCUUGGGACCCAGAGAAGAAGAAUUUCUUUAAUUGCCUGUGCCAUACAGAUGUUCUUUGUCCUUUUGACUGGAGGUACAGAAUGUUUGCUUUUGGCAGUGAUGGCCUAUGACCGCUAUGUGGCCAUUUGUCACCCCCUGCACUAUCCUCUCAUCAUGAACCACAGGCUCUGUAUCCAGCUGGUGACUGGCUCCUGGAUCUUUGGCAUUCCUAUUGAUAUUGGGCAGACAUAUAAAAUUUUCUCUCUGUCUUUUUGUGGAUCUAACCAAAUCAACCACUUCUUCUGUGACAUUCCCCCAAUACUCAAUUUGGCUUGUGUGGACACCUUUAUAAAUGUGAUAUUGAUCUACAUACAAGAUGUGUUCUUUGGCAUAGUUCCAUUUCUGCUAAUACUUGGCUCCUACAGUAAAAUCAUCUCCACCAUCCUGAAGUUGCCAUCAGCCACAGGUCAAGCCAAAGCCUUCUCCACCUGCUCAUCUCAUCUUAUAGUUGUGCUAUUGUUCUUUGGAUCAGGACUUAUUACCUAUGUAAGACCUACGACCAGUCACUCAGGGGGAACUGGAAAGGUCUUUUCUCUUUGCUACAGCAUUCUAACACCAAUGCUUAAUCCCAUGAUAUAUAGUCUAAGAAACAAGGAUGUCAUAAUGGCACUGAGAAAAUUACUAUGCAAUAGUAUGCACUCUAAAGGACUGAGUUGA